UAUGAGCACUCUUGCAGUGUACCGGAGCAUCUAUACGGAAGAGCAGUUCCAAAAGAUCUAUGGCAGUGCUAAGGACCUAGAAAGGCCUGCUCCGAGCCUAAGGGACAGAUUGACAAGAAGCUGGAAAUGUUCUUCCCAUGCUUUCCACACUUUACUUAAAAAUAGGAUCCCAAUUGUUGGCUGGCUACCCAGGUACAAGUUAAAGAAAUGGAUUCUAGGAGAUCUCAUCGCUGGCCUGACAGUUGGGAUAGUUCAUAUCCCACAAGGGAUGGCCUUUGCUCUCUUGACGUCUGUGGCUCCUGUUUAUGGUCUUUACACCUCCUUCUUCCCUGUUUUACUUUACAUGCUGCUUGGAACUGGACUUCAUGUUUCCACUGGGACCUUUGCUGUGCUGAGCUUAAUGACUGGCUCCGUGAUUGAUGAACAUCUUUUCCUGAACCCUCUGGACAGAAAUCUCACCAGUGAGGAGCAAUCAGAGAUGUAUUCUCAGCGAAUAGGGAUGGCAGCCGCCAUUGCCUUUCUUAUGGGCCUUAUCAUGGUUAUCAUGUUUGUGCUUCAACUUGGUUUCCUUGCCACAUACCUCUCUGAACCAAUUGUGAAAGCUUUCACAAAUGCAGCUGCAUUUCAUGUCACAAUCUCCCAGAUUCAGAACAUGAUGGGACUUCCUCUUCCACGUCAAACUGGAUCGUUUACCAUUUUCAAGACGCUGGCAUCAGUUUUCAGAGGUCUACACUUGAUGAACGUGGCUGAGUUAGUGAUAUCUAUCCUUUGCUUGGUGGUGCUCAUUCCCAUCAAGGAACUUAAUGCACGUUUCCGCACCAAGCUAAGGACUCCAAUUCCAGGGGAAAUUAUUAUGGUGCUGGUAGCCACAGGAAUAACAUUUGCAUCUUCUUUGGAUAUCCGAUACAAUGUGCAGAUCGUUGGAAGCAUACCUGCUGGUUUUCCAACACCAAAGCUUCCACCCCUAAACGUCAUUCCAGAUGUUAUUGGUGAUACCAUUGCCAUAACCUUUGUUGGCUAUGCUGUAUCUGUGUCGCUUGCCAUGAUCUAUGCGGAAAAGCAUCGAUAUACCAUUGACCCAAACCAGGAACUUUUGGCUCAUGGGAUAUCCAAUAUGGCUUCUUCGUUAUUUAACUGCUUUCCCAGCUCAGCUACUUUGGCCACCACUAACAUUCUGGAAAGUGCAGGUGGACACACGCAGCUUUCUGGAUUCUUUACGAGUUGUGUUGUCUUGGUUGUUCUGCUUUGGGUUGGACCUCUCUUUAAUCACCUUCCCAAGGCUGUUCUUGCUUGCAUAAAUGUUGUGAGCCUCCGCCAAAUGUUCCUGCAAUUUCAAGACCUGCCAGAGCUGUGGAAAAUUAGCAAAACUGACUUUUCAGUCUGGGUAGUCACAUGGCUAGCUGUUGUAAUCCUGAAUGUGGAAGUUGGACUGGCUGUCGGAGUUGUGUUUUCAAUGAUGACUGUGGUCUGCAGAACACAGAGGGCUCAAUGUUCAGUUUUGGGAAGAGCUGUUAACACUGAAAUAUAUCGGCCAGUGGAACAAAAUGACAAAUGCUUCGAAAUUCCAGGUUUGAAGAUUCUGUCCUACAAUUCACCCAUUUACUACGGUAACAGAAACAUUUUCAAGGAAGCAGUGAGCAAAAUUGUUGGACUAACACAGGAAAAGAUAAGAAAAAGAGAAAAAGCUUUAAGAGCCUUAGAGGAAGGGCAGAAGAUGAGCAUCACUGUUGUGGACACAGGGAUAGCAAAUCCAGUGUAUAAUCCAGAAGGGUGCAGCAUAAAACCAGAAACAGAUACGGAGAUCAAGUCACUUAUAAUUGAUUGCAGUGGUAUUAUAUUUAUUGACAUAGCUGGUGCUCGUCUAUUUAUACAGAUGUGCAUUGAGUGUCAGAAAGCUGGAAUGCAUUUGCUUCUUUCUGGUUGCAAUGAGAAGGUACUGAGGACAUUGGUAUCCAGUGGUAUCAUGGACCAUCUAAGUGAACAGCAGGUUUUCGUUACUGUGCAUGAUGCUGCCUGCUAUGCCGAGCAGAACAUGGAAAACAUUGCAAUGAAGAGUUCCAUGGUAUGGGUAUAAUAAGUAAGAACUGGGCGUCUGAAAGCCAUAUCAGUCACAAGCCACUUAAAUCCUUCCAUUGGUGUGGAUGACGGACACUGAUACAGAUUCCAUUCUUCUAGAAUAU